AUGGCGACGCCGAUGGGUUUGUGCCUACAUGCUAGGGUUUUAACUCGUUUGUCUUUGAGGUUGGGCCGCGAUAAACUGGGCCUGAUGGGCUUUCUCCAACAAAAGGCCAUAUGCCUAGAGGCGUGGGCGGCCGCGCGAAGCCUUUUUGCCAAAAAGCCCCGCAAAUUCUACAAUCAUCACGAGUCACUCGUGAAGCUCGCGCAGUCCCCCGUCCCCCAAAUCCCCAGAACCCUAGCAGAGGCCUCGAGCACGAGCCCGGCGAUGGCGUCGGUCAGCGAGACGACAGAGCAGUCCACCAUAACGAGCACAACUGUGGACGACGGUGGUGCGCACGAGAGCAAGCGGGAGCACCUCAAUGGCGCGGUGGCCACCCCCACGGUUGGGCAGGAGGAGGAUGAGAUGAUCGGGCCGGGCCCUGCGCCGGCGAAGCAGCGGCAGAAGCGCCCGCUCCAGUUCGAGCAGGCGUUCCUCGACGCCCUCCCCUCCGCCGCCAUGUACGAGAAGAGCUAUAUGCAUCGGGAUGUCGUCACGCACGUCGCCGUAUCUCCUGCUGACUUCUUCAUCACUGGGAGUGCAGAUGGACAUCUGAAGUUUUGGAAGAAGAAACCUGUUGGGAUUGAAUUUGCUAAACAUUUUCGGUCUCAUCUCAGUCCCAUUGAAGGUCUAGCUGUGAGUGUUGAUGGAUUGCUUUGCUGCACAAUAUCCAACGAUCGGUCUGUGAAGAUAUAUGAUGUUGUAAACUAUGACAUGAUGUUCAUGAUGCGUCUCUCAUUUGUUCCUGGGGCUAUUGAGUGGGUUCAUCGAGAAGGAGAUGUUAAACCAAAACUUGCCGUUAGUGACCGGAAUACACCUUUUGUUCACAUAUUUGAUACCCAUUCUGGUUCAAAUGACCCAAUCAUGUCCAAAGAGAUUCAUGGUGGCCCUGUCAAAGUUAUGAAAUAUAACCACAUUCAUGAUGUUGUUAUAUCUGCUGAUGCCAAAGGACUGUUGGAAUACUGGUCUCCUUCUACCCUCAAGUUUCCAGAAAAUGAGGUGAGGUUUCGCCUGAAAUCAGAUACAAAUCUAUUUGAAAUUGCGAAAUGCAAGACAAGUGUGUCUGCUAUUGAGGUAAGCAAUGAUGGCACUCAAUUUGCUGUCACAUCCCCUGAUCGCAGGAUACGGGUAUUUUGGUUCAAAACUGGGAAAUUAAGACGUGUAUAUGACGAGUCCCUAGAGGUGGCACAAGAUCUUCAAAGAAGUGAUGUUCCAUUGUAUCACCUUGAUGCUAUUGAUUUUGGACGACGAAUGGCUGUGGAGAAGGAAAUAGAGAAAACAGAAAAUGUUCCACAACCUAAUGCUGUCUUUGAUGAGAGCUGCAAUUUUCUUAUUUACGCUACCCUCUUGGGUGUAAAGAUUGUAAAUUUGCACACAAAUAAGGUUUCCCGCAUCCUGGGGAAGGUAGAGAACAAUGAGAGGUUUCUGAGAAUUGCAUUAUACCAAGGAGACAAAGGCAACAAGAAGGUUAGAAAAAUACCUUCGGUAGCUGCUAAUGUCAAUGAUAGCAAGGAACCGUUAUCAGAUCCAACACUGCUUUGUUGUGCUUUCAAGAAGCAUCGGAUAUAUCUCUUUAGUCAUAGGGAACCGGAAGAGCCUGAUGAUGCAACUAAGGGUAGAGAUGUUUUCAAUGAAAAACCACCUCCAGAAGAGCUUUUGUCUGUAUCAGACCUAGGAAAAACUGCUACAACAUCAUUGCCUGAUAAUUUGGUGCUACAUACUUCUAUGGGUGACAUUCACUUGAGACUAUAUCCAGAAGAGUGUCCAAAAACUGUGGAAAACUUCACUACCCAUUGCCGGAACGGUUAUUAUGACAAUCUUAUAUUUCACCGUGUGAUUAAAGGAUUCAUGAUUCAGACUGGAGAUCCUUUGGGGGAUGGCACUGGUGGGCAAUCAAUCUGGGGCACUGAAUUUGAAGAUGAAUUUCACAAGAGCUUGAGGCAUGAUAGGCCUUUUACACUUUCCAUGGCCAAUGCGGGAGCUAAUACCAAUGGUUCUCAAUUCUUUAUCACCACUGUGGCAACUCCAUGGCUAGAUAACAAACACACAGUGUUUGGUAGAGUUGUGAAAGGGAUGGAUGUUGUCCAGCAAAUUGAGAAGGUCAAGACUGACAAGAAUGACAAACAUAUCAAGAUGUAA